UUAAAGGGCGUAUACAAAAGAUUAAGUAAAUUUUUGACAAUAUAUACCAUAAUCUUUUCCAUGCUCCUCUAUAUAAGAAGUGCUUUAUUCAUUUGAGCCUCCAUGCUUAUCUAAGAGAAAGAGAAAGUGGACAGAAAAAAAUCAAAGCAUUAUGGGCUUGUCACGAGGAUGAAAGCUCUGCCUUGAUGCAGUUCAAGGAUAGCUUUGCCAUUCACCAAUCUGCUUCUCUAUGUGAUCCCAAGGUUCUGCAAUGGAAAUCUCAUGGAGUAAAUUCAAGCAAUUGCUGCUCAUGGGAUGGAGUCCAAUGUGAUGGCAAGACUGGUCAUGUGAUUGGACUCGAUCUUAGUAGUAGCUGUUUAUCUGGCUCAAUAAACUCCAACAGCACCCUUUUCAAUCUUGUUCAUCUUCAAAGCUUGAACCUCGCUGGUAAUAACUUCAAUUACUCUGAAAUUCCUGUUUCUGUUGGUCAACUUAUGAGCCUCACUUAUCUCAACCUUUCUGGUUCUGCUUUUUCUGGACAAAUUCCUUUAGAAAUUUCAAACCUGUUUAAGCUAACACACCUUGACCUGUCUUUCAACUAUGAUGAAAUUGCCAGAACGAAGCUUUUGAAACUUCAAAGUCCCAAUAUGAGUACCCUGCUACAGAAUUUGACUAGCUUGGAAGUACUCGAUCUCAGUGAAGUAGAGAUAUCAUCCAUGGUACCUGAUUUUCUUGCAAAUUUUACUUCUUUCAUAUCUAUAAUUCUUUAUGAUUGUGGGCUGCAGGGUGAAUUUCCUGCAGCUAUUUUUCAGUUGCCGAACCUAAGAAUUCUAGAUGUAGGUUCCAAUGUUAAUCUCAAGGGUUAUUUUCCUAAAUUCCACCAUAAAAGUCCUCUUAAAGAACUGAGACUUGGUGGAAGUGGUUUUUCUGGAAGCUUACCUUCUUCAAUCCAAAUGCUUAACUCAUUGCAUAUAUUCGCUAUUCAUGACUGCAAUUUUUCAGGGCCUAUCCCUUCUUCACUAGGCAAGCUUACCAAUCUUACUUAUGUAAACCUUGGGGAGAACAACUUUAGUGGUCGCAUUCCAUCUUCUCUUCAGAAUCUUACGAAGCUCACUUUUUUAAACAUUUCUUCUAAUCAAAUAAGUGGUCCACUCCCAGCUUGGCUAGGAAACCUUACAAAACUAAAUUUACUCAAACUUUCAUGUAACCAGUUUCAUGGUCUAGUUCCACAAUCAUUAUCCAACCUCAUGAACCUUGAGGGUCUUUAUCUAGAUGGUAACAAUUUGGGUGGAACAUUAAAAUUUGACAUGUUUUUUUAGGAUGAAAUGUCUCACAUACCUAGAUCUAAGUAAAAAUAAUUUUUCAUUACACUUUGAAAAGGGAAACAGAAAUGCAACAAGUUCAAAAUUCAAGCAUUUGGGAUUGCGUUCAUGCAACUUAAUUGAAGUCCCAGAUUUUAUCAGGCAUCAGAAUGAGUUAGAGUGGUUGUCACUUUCUGAAAACAAGAUCAUUGGUGAAAUACCAAAAUGGAUUUGGAAUACAAGCCUAGACACUUUGGUUGGCUUUGGCAUUGCCAACAACUUCUUAAAGGGCUUUCAUCCUAAAGUUCUUCCCUGGGUUCACUUACGUCAAUUUCGUAUUACAUUUAACAUGUUGCAAGGAGUACUCCCAAUUCCUCCACCAUCCAUCGUGAGUUAUAAUGUCUCAAAUAACUUACUAACUGGAGAAAUUUCACAUACAUUUUGUAAUCUGAGUUCUCUUUACUUCCUUGAUUUGUCUGAUAACACAUUGGACGGCAUCAUUCCAUCGUGUUUGGGAAACUUAAGCGGAACUCUGUAUGUGUUGAGUUUAAAAAACAACUCCUUUCACGGCAACAUUCCAGAACUAUGCAGCAACAAUGCAAGUAACUUGAGAAUAAUUGAUCUCAGUUAUAAUAAGCUCCAGGGGCAGCUGCCACGAUCAUUUUCCAAUUGCAAGAUGCUUGAAGGUUUAGUUGUCUCGAACAAUCAACUAAAUGAUGUUUUCCCAUCUUGGUUGGGCUCCCUACCGAAUUUGAAGCUUCUCAUACUGCAUCACAAUGGUUUUUAUGGUUUAAUUGAGAAACCUAAAAACCAUUCGGAGUUCCUAAAGUUGCAAGUGAUUGAUAUUUCUUUCAAUAAUUUUACAGGUGAGUUGCCAUCUCAUUACAUUUUGAGUUGGAAUGCUAUGAAGGCUGUCAACACCAUUCCUUUCUCAUAUUUGAGUGUGAUGUUGAACUUUUCUUGUGCUACAAAGACUGAUUGGUUCCAAGUUGAAAAUCGCUAUACAAUCAGAAUAACAUCCAAAGGGGUGAAGAGAUACUAUGAAGCCAUCCAAGAUAUGUUUACUUUUAUUGAUAUGUCGAGCAAUAGAUUUGAAGGAGAGAUUUCUGAAUUGUUUGGGAACCUAAAGGGCCUAUACUCUUUAAACCUUUCAAACAACCUUCUCACUGGUUGCAUACCAUUGUCUUUAGGGAAUUUAACAAUGCUGGAAUCAUUGGACCUUUCUCAAAACAAUCUCUCAGGAGAGAUCCCUCUACAACUCAAGCAACUUGGGUUUCUUGGAAGCUUCAAUGUAUCUCAUAACAAUCUUAGGGGGCCUAUACCUCAAGGGAAGCAGUUUAAUUCAUUUGAAAGCAGUUCAUUUCAGGGAAAUCCAGGAUUGUGUGGUGAUCCAUUGCUUAAAAAAUGUGGUGAUUUGGAGUCCUCAACACUGCCACCACCAGUUUCUGAAGAAAAUGAUGAUGGAGAGUCAUUAUUUAAAUUAGAUUGGAAAUUUGUGUUGAUAGGAUACUCAAGUGGGCUGGUCGUUGGAGUAGCUCUUAGUGACAUUGUGAUCAUAAGGAGGCAUGGAUGCUUGGUUAAGAUGCAACCCAAAGGAAGAAGGUGGAGGAGAUAUCGAAGAAAUUGAAGAUCUUACAAAGCUAUGAAACUAUCUCUGCUAUGCAUAUUGUUAGUUUUGUUCUUUUUUUUCUAACUCCUGUGUACAUAUGCUGUUGUUGUAAACUUAGUGUAGCUUUUCUAUUUUAACUUCUUUUCAUUUUCACUUAUCUUUGUUGUUGCACGUAUAUUAGUGGGCUGCUAUGCUUGUUUUCUUUUCUUCUAUCUUAAAUAUUAUGUUAUCUA